AUGGUGGCUAGAGACCAUGGGGAGAUUGAAACAGCAAGUGAAGAGAGUGAUAAUGAUGAUGAGAUACCACAAUUGGAAGACGGCAGCGAUGAUUGCAUUGAGGGUCCUAUGAGAGGUGAGCUCUUGGUGGCUAGGGCGACACUAAGUGUUCAAAUGAAGGAAGAUGAUACCUUGGAGCAAAGAAAGAGACAACAUUUUCCACACAAGAUGCCAUGUACAAGAUAUUCGGAUGAGGCGCUAUGUGAUGUAGUGCCAAUGCAUGUCGGCCAUAUCUUGUUAGGUAGGCCAUGGGAAUUUGAUACGAGGGUCUUCCAUGAUGGCUUUCUAAAUAGGUACUCAUUUGUGAAGGAUGGGAGAAAAGUUACUUUGACACCUCUUUCUCCUAAGGAAGUGUAUAAUGACCAAUAUUUGUCUAUGGACUUUGUGCUUGGUUUGCCGAGAUCUAGGAAAGGUAGAGAUAGUAUAUUUGUUGUUGUGGAUAGGUUUAGUAAAAUGGCUCACUUUAUCCCUUGCCAUAAAAGUGAUGAUGUCAUCCAUAUUGCUGAUUUGUUUCUAAGAGAAGUUGUGCGUUUGCAUGGAGUACCUAAGACCAUUGUUAGUGAUAGAGAUGUUAAAUUUCUAAGUCACUUUUGGCGUGUGUUAUGGGGUAAGUUAGGAACUAAAUUGCUUUAUUCUACUACUUGCCAUCCACAGACAGGAUGGACAAACUGA